UACGGUGCUGGCACUAGGACCCGUCGCAGUGAAGGAGGAGUCUUUGUUCAAUUUCAGUGUGGGGCGGAUACCAUCCCAGGCACUAGGACCCGGCGCAGUGCGGGAGGAGUCUUUGUUCAGUUUCCGAGCGAGCGCAGCUGCAAUUUCGGAGCCGGGGAAAGAUCUCAAUGGGAGCAGGGACCAUGGCGCUGAACCUUAGUAAUAACAGGCUCGCUUUACUCAUCGCCUAUGAGGAUGUCAUCAACGAAAAGACCUCCACCGACUGGGCGCUGUACACUUAUGAAGAUAACACUGACAAUCUGAAAUUAGCCGAUUCAGGAGCGGGUGGUCUGCAGGAAAUCGCCACAAAGUUUGACAAUCAAAGUGUGAUGUAUGGAUUCUGCAGCAUCAAGGACUCUGGUUCUGGCCUGCCCAAAUAUGUCCUGAUAAACUGGGUGGGUGAAGAUGUGGAUGAUCAUCGAAAAUGCACCUGUGCUAGUCACGUGCCCACAAUUGCAGACUUUUUCCAGGGGGCAAAUGUUAUUGUUAAUGCCAGCAGUCCUGAGGAUGUGGAUUCCACUGCUAUACGGCAGAAGUUGACUAAUGGCACUAUGCACAUUUCAAGCCCAGUGUUACGCCGACUCCACCUUAAAGAGGAUGAAGAUUUACUGGGCCCAGUGGGAACAACAUACCAAAAGACCAAUGCUGCAAUUGAAAUGAAACGAAUCAAUCGAGAAUUAUUCUGGGCACAAGCAAAGAGAGAGGAGGAGCUGAGAAAAGAAGAGGAGCGUAAGAAAGUGAUUGAAGAAAGAGAAAAAUUUGAGAAAGAGAGAAUGGAGCAAGAAAAGAAAGAACAAGAAGAUAGAGAGCAAAGAUACAGAGAACGAGAGCAACAGAUAGAAGAAGAAAGGAAAAAAUUGCAAAGCUUGGAAGUCAAUGAAAUCAACGAUGCAUUGGGCCAGAACAUCAACAAGCAUGGAGAAAGACAUGAGGACCAGGGAACUUGGGGCAGUCAAUGGAAGUGUCUUGAGGGCAGUCAGUAUUACAUCGAAGAGGUGCUGAAGGUUCUAACGUGUACAAAGGAAGUGCAGAAGGAGGGAAUGGAAGAGGAUGAAGAGAACAGAGGAUCCAAGAUCAGCGAUUCAGCUGAGAAAGCAGCAGAAGCUGCCGCCCUUAUUGCACUGCGGGAUGGAAAUCCAAGGGAAUUUUUUAAGCAGCGAGAAAGAGCCAUGACAACAAGUUUUGAGACUGCACAAUUUUCAGGCCAAAAACCAGGUCGAGUGAUCAGCCUUUUCCUUAAGAAUCAGAACAAUCUGCCCGAGCGAUCAUGGUCCCCUCCAAGAUCCCUCUGCCCUCGAAUUGCUGCUAACCAUAGCCCCUUCCAGUAUUUCCCCUCAUCCCACCAGACACAAUUUGAGCCAACCAGAUUGGAAGACAUAACAUCCUUCAGUGCUCAUGAUCCAAGCAUUGUUGCAGCACCAAUAUAUGAGGAGAAUGAAGAAGCUGUAGUGGAAGAGCUUCCAAAUUUAAUUCUGGAUGCAGACAAAACUGCACCUACCUUUCCAGAAAAACCACUGAUUCGGUGUGAAGAGCCACUACCAGAACAGAAUGUGCCAAGUUAUACUGAGGAACCUGGCCUGAUAGAUAUUGACACCCCAAUCCCUAUAUGGCCUGAGGUACCCAGCUUCGUACACACUGAAGAGUCAGUGCACAUUGACCAGCGAGGUUUCACAAGUACUGAGGGACAAAGCCUGGUAGACAUUGGGAAGCCACAAACGAAUGACAAUUUUCCACAAGUGAAUGAGAACUUACUGGACCUUUUGGAGACCAAUGGAAUAGACCAGCUGCCAUCUGAAUCACACAGUGCUGUCGCAGAGCAGCCAUUGAUCUACACCAACAAUGACAACAUGGAACUGAUUUUAAAUAUGAAAAGGCCACCGCUGGACGAGACACAUGCAGACAUCGAUGCAAAUAGCCAACUGCUUGUAAACCUCCAGGAAUCAGCAGGGCAAUAUGCAGGGUUAGAGCCAACUGCAGUAGGGCAACAACAACAACAGCAGCCACAGAACAGUGAAGGAAAUGAGGAAGACAACUUGCUGUGUUUUGAUAAUAAUGAAGGAUUGCCGGCACCACCUCCAGACUGCCUUGAUUCACAGCAGUGGGAGAAUAUUCCAAGCCUGAUAGAGCUUGAAGGUACACAACAGAUGAGUGAAGACUUUUGCUUUGGAAUGCAGGAAUUGCCCAAGCCCCAGGAUGUAGAGGCUGUUGAAGAUUUUUUUAAUCCACCGCAAGAUGAAUAUAUUAAAUUCCAAUCACACGUAGUGGAAACUGGCAGUAAAAUACCAGAAAUUGAUAUUACUUAUUGCGACAAUGAUACUGACACAGACCCGGAUCAUUCCCCUGCAGACUGAGUUGGUUGUGUGAUGCUCUCCGGUAUGACAAAUAUGCUUCAAGUAAAUGAAAAUGACAAAAACUGCUAAGUUUUAAUUUGAGUAUGUGUUUACUAUUUUUAAUUGUAAUAAUUUGAAUGUAUUAUUUUCUAAAUUAACCUUAUUGUAUAUUAAUUCCACUCACAGCUGCUAGGUAUAGUCUGCUGAAGCUGAUAUUAUGUGACUAGCAGUGUUAACUAUCACCAAUUGCUUUUCAAGUACCAUUUUCAAAAGCACAAAUUUUGUGAAAUGCUAAUUGCUGUUGUAUGAAAAUAAACAGUUUCUGAAAA